CGUCUUCCCGACGCUGUAUUAUUUUAUUUUUUUAGUCCUCUUUGUCUCUCUCGUGGAAAUUUCAGGCAGAAAGCUGAAAACUUUCACUAACCCUAGGUCUCUAGUUGCUAUUCAAUCUCAAUAGUUAAUCGAAUCCAUCUCUGCGUCUUCUGCUAUACACCCGCACAUAUAUACAUACACACCCGCGUAUCUGCGUAUAUACGCACAUCUAUAUGCGCAGAUGGAGAGAAUAGUUGGCGACAAGUAUAAGCUGGGUCGGAAGAUCGGGAGCGGUUCCUUUGGAGAAAUGUUUUCAGCUACUCAUAUCGAUACCUUUGAGAUCGUUGCUGUUAAGAUGGAAAAUAGGCAGACUAAUCAUCCCCAGUUGCUUUACGAGGCUAAGCUGUAUAAUAUACUUCAGGGAGGAGGUGGAAUUCCUAACAUAAAAUGGUGUGGGGUUGAUGGAAAUGAUAAUGUCCUUGUUAUCGAUUUGCUUGGACCCAGUCUUGAAGACCUUUUUGUGUACUGUGGGAGGAAAUUCUCUCUAAAAACUGUUCUUAUGUUGGCUGAUCAGAUGAUUACCAGAAUAGAGUAUUUACAUUCAAAGGGAUUUUUGCACAGAGACAUCAAACCAGAUAACUUUCUCAUGGGCCUUGGAAGGAAGGCAAAUCAGGUCUACGUCAUUGAUUUUGGACUUGCCAAAAGAUAUCGUGAUCCCACUACCAACAGGCACAUUCCUUACAGAGAUAACAAAAACCUCACUGGGACUGCACGAUAUGCAAGUUGCAACACUCAUUUGGGAAUAGAACAAAGUCGGCGGGAUGAUUUGGAGUCUCUUGGCUAUGUUCUCUUGUACUUCCUGAGAGGGAGCCUUCCAUGGCAGGGUCUAAAAGCUGCAACGAAGAAGCAAAAAUAUGACAAAAUAUGUGAGAAAAAGUUAUCAACGCCAAUUGAGGUUCUGUGCAAAACUCAUCCAGUGGAGUUUGCGUCAUAUAUGCACUAUUGUCACUCCUUGUCAUUUGAUCAGCGACCUGAUUAUGGAUUCCUGAAGCGCUUGUUUCGUGAAUUAUUUACUCGUGAAGGAUAUGAAUCUGAUUACGUGUUUGAUUGGACCAUUUUGAAGUAUCAGCAGUCGCAGAAGUCAAAGGCACAGCUUCAAUCACCUCAUCCACAGCCAAUUUCGGCAGUGACCAGUAAACGAGCAUUGCCAAAGGAUUUAAACACACGGCAAGUUGAAACUACGGCACAAGGUGGAUCAACUAGUUUUGCACGUCCUGCUGGUCACAUUCCCUUUAAGCCUAGGGCUGUUCAAAAUCUCAAUUCUGAUAACCUGACUACAAAAAAUAUUGCGAGCAAUGCACCUGCUCCAUCUAUUUCACUUGCUGAUGCCUUUAAGAGUAGUCCCCCUAGACAAGAGGAUUCAACUGAAGCUGGAAAUAUUGCUCGUGGGCAGAGCAGCAGAGCUGGUGCAUCAAGCAGCAGGCUACCAUUCUUACAUCGGAUUUCAUCAGCAAAGUGAAUUGGUAUUAAGUCCGUAUUGUUCUGUUGCAGAUAUGAGGGGAUCUAAGGAGGGGAUUAUAUGCAUAUAUUGAUCAAUUCUCUGAAGUUGGAUUCACUUGAACCCGAGUCUACAAGAUUUCUUAUGUAUUUAUCUUAAGUUUUAACCUAGGUACUCAGGUCCUUGAGAGUUUGAAUCAGCAAUUGGCCAGUAAGCCUUGAGAUGUGAUCACUGUUCAAUAUUUGAAGAUCAGCAGAGUGUUCCCGUUACAAAUCAAGCCUUGAUUUCCGUAGAAACCAAUUAUGUGCAUGCUGGUGAAGAGUUCAGUCUGGCAUCGGGAAAUGAGCAGGAUUAUGUCACAUCAUUAAUCACUGGUGGAUGGCAUCAAACUUUUUGGUAAAGUUAUCCAACAUUUUCUUCUUUAAAUGGGUAAAUAAAGUAUCCAAUUUACAGGGUGUAUUGUGGCUCAAAAGAUCAACUCAAAAAGGCAAUGAUAGUCAGUCAGAUCAAUUGAAAGGGUUUUUGCACAGGUGAAAAGAUCUAUAUAGGUAUGACCCUUUCGCGUGUUUAUUUGGCAAGGCUCACAUCAUGGAAUUGCUUGUCGUGGUGCAAUAUGUGUGUGUUUUUUUUUUUUUUUUUUUGGGUUAGACCACGAGGUGUUCUGAGUAUGCCCUAAGAGACACCUUUAAGCUUGUACCAUACCAGAAUAAUCCGGUUCGCACCGGGUUGGCCCAAUUAAUGGACAAAUUGCAGGCUA